CAGUAAGCAGGCAAGGUCGGGACAAACUGGGAAACUCGUUUUACCGAAACUCUAGAGACGACUUGGCUCUGAAUAAACGCAGCGGUGUGUGAGGGGGAACCGGAGGGCAGGCUGAGAUGAACCGGAACGAGGCGGGCGGACGUAUAUUAGACACCGGCCUGACGUUCUCCAGCUCCAAGCGCGCCUUUACAGCGAGUCUUCCGAUGGCAGAGAGGCGGACCAGACGUGCGACCGGCUCGGAUCUGACCAAAACCACGGCGGCCCGGGCUGCUGCUAUAGCCGAGCAGCUGCACCAUGAAUGCUCCAUCCUCCUGGAGCUCUAUAGGAAGAUGGAGAACUUCCCUUCUGAUGUGGCUGACGGUCGUCUGGUGUCCGUCCCUCCGCCUUCCUCCCAGUUGGACACCAGAGACAAGUUGUGGCGCCUCCACUCUGCUUUGCUGCAGUGCCGCAGCUUGCUGGAGAGGGCGAUCGCUAAAGAGGAAGAGGAGCUGGGCGGUGGGAGGAAGGGUGAGUACGACAACCAGAAGAAAACGGUGAAGGAAAGGCUGUCACUUCUAAUAAUCAACACUGGAGAGCUCCUCAAAGCUGCUGACGGCCCUGCCAUCCCGACUCCAAGCUCGGAGGGUUUAGAGUUAGACGGGCCGACCAUUCUGUUUGAACUGAAGCUUUGGGUGUACCGGAUCUUCAAAGAGGUGGACUACUGGACAAAGACCACCAUCACCACCUUGAAAGACCUGCCCACUGUCAUCGUCAAGGAGCGAGCGAGAACCACGCGGGCCAGGAGGAGCACUCGAAGAUGAGAUGUGAGAGGGCUGUGUGGGUGAUGAGGACUAAUGAGGAUGUCAGAAAGGUCAGGGAGAAAGUAAAACAGCAGAGUGAAGGUGUGAAGGGGAUGAGAGGCCAACAUGAGAACCUGACUGAUGUGGAGAGAAGAAACAGAUUAAUUAUAAUGGCCAGAUGGGAGCGACACAGAUCCCUACUGCCACAGGGAGAGGAGUUAAUUGGGCUAUGUUUAUGAACAGAGGCCUCAGAUGGAGAGAGAGACCAAGACACACUAACCAUGACAUUUGUUGGAACAAGUUUAUUUGAGGUGUGGCAGAGUCUAAUACAUUUUCAUAUUUAUUGUUUAAGAGGAAAUCUUAACAUUGAGAGUUGAAAAACAAAGUUUCUUUCUUUCUUUCUUUCUUUCUUUCUUUCUGCCAGCUGAACAAAGAAACAAAGAUGCUGCUUUUACAUAUUUUUUUCAACAUCUAACUCACAUUCAUGGUUUUACUCUUACAUGUACCACUCCUUUGACAUCGCAUAAGUUUUCACUUUAUAUGUACUGCCUGGAUUCACUGCAGCUCAGCAAGGGGCACAUUGUCAUGAAAUGAAAUGAAAAAUACUUUAUUUAUCCCAGAAGGGAAAUUCAAUAAUGAAAAUGCAUACCUGGGAAGUCAAGUCUAUGAAGGAAAAACAUGUGUAACAGUACCCUCUAGUGUUUACAUAGUGCUAUUACUUAUAUUCCUUCCUUUCUUUUUUAAAAUUUCCUCAGUGGCACUAAUGAUUUCCUAUGGUUUUCUUAUGUUUUGGAGCACUUUAUUAGCAAUGGAAUCAUGUAAAACCACAUCACAGACAUCAGUAAUCCACCCUCAUGUGGUUAUAAAUGGGCUCAUGGACAAGGAGUGUAGUGGAAAUAUGAUGUAGAAAUGUGGGUGGGAAUUUCAUUCGUUUGUGAAACAGGCUUUAACGGAUGAAGAUAGCAUAAUAAAGAAGCGUUUCUAAGAUGUUUAUAUAUGUUUUACCAACAGGUCAUGCUAAACAGUCCGGCAAAAGGGACAGAAAACCAUACUCUAUACGUGACAACUGUCGACACGAACAAAAAUGUCAAGCUCAUUUUGGCUGCGUCUAAAUUCACACGUCAUGAUCCAUCAUGUAUUCAUUGGACAGGUGCAAUAAUCAGAAUAUUAAUUGGUUAAAUGGUGACCCUGCAAAGAAAGACUAAUCAGAAAAGACCCCCACAUGCUACUUUUACCUGUCAGUCUAAUCUGAGCUGUUAUACUAAUUGAAUUAGCCUCAGCCAAAGACUAACGAUUGUCUUUAAAGAUGCAUGAAGCUUUGGGGUAAGAAAAAGAUAAGAUUAUGUAGAUAGGAUUGGAUCCUAUAUAGAGAAGUCUAGAUAAGCAGUAAGAUCUGUGAUAAUGUAGAGCACCAAGAAGUAAUGGAAGAGCAUCAGUUAUUUUUGUAUAUAGAAAAGCAGGCAAUCUUUUGCAGUGUUUUUAUUUUAAAGGAUGAGGGGACCAUUUAUAUUUUAAUUUUGUUAUACAGAUUUUAUUCAGUAAAUGUAUGUCUUGCUAUAUGUUCAUAUUGCUGUUGGUAGGUGCACUGGGAGUGACACAGGGUACUCCGAACUUUCAGGCUUCUGAAAUCUGAAUGUUGUUACUGAAAUGAGACGUCAGUGCAUUUGGUUAGUUGGUCAUUGUUGCCAUCAAUAAUUUCAUGAGUAAAUGUGAUUCAUAAGUAAAAAGGAGCUGCUGUACACGUGCAAAAAGUUAUUCACUUUACUUGCUCUCCGUGAAAAAUGAAAAUGCAUCACCCAGCACAAAUUCUGUUUAAAUAUGUAAUAACAUUUCAGAGUUCUGGACCUUUUAAUGUGAUCCACUGUAAAUGCAGCAUGGCGUGCACUACAUUUGUUGUUCUGUGUAUGGGUUGCUCAUUAUCUUUCCUCAUGUUCAUUUUUAACUACCCUGGCGAUUUUGCUGCUGGACUUCACAGCUUGUUAAUCUGACUUUUUGUUUCUUUAAAAAACUCUUUUCUCUGCUUUGUGUUCUUUAAUGUAAGUGGUCAGGUUGGCCCUAGACCAGGUUUUCUUAAAGGCUGCGAAAGUUAGGCCAGAUUUGAACAGAAAUAACACUGGGUUUUUAGAGGUGCAUGAUAUUGGAUUUUGCCUAUGUCCGAUUUUCCAAGUUUGACAGUUUGCCGAUGCUGAUACUGAUAUGUGCACAUAUCUUUUCUACCUAAUUGCAUAGAACAUCAAGUCUCUCCUGUUGUAGAAUAAUAUGCUAUUAUACCUACUUUUAUGGGGAUAGCCUAUUGGCAGGUGCAGACAUAAAAUACAAUGCUUUUCAAAUGUACUCAUUUAUUGGACUAAACAAGAAAACACAUAAAAUAUCCCAAAUGUAUUUUUAUACAACAUUUUCCAACAAGUCCAGCUUAAGUAACACAUUCAUUCAUUUACAUAUCGGACACCAAAACAAGCCAUUUUUAUGUUAUUAGAAACUUAGUAGUGAUACUGAAAUGCUGCUUAGUGGCAUUUUACUGAGAGGUAUUUCAGCAGUUACAGGCUCCAAAGGCCUCAUAUUAUAAACCUCUAUUCUAUUGUUUAUGCUGCACAUAUCAUCUGUCAGUCGUAUACUGACCUACACAGGACUCAAACUGACACUGUUAGUCCGUCCUUUUCCUACAGAUCCCAGGAAAGCACUGUGAUUAAAUUCCUGGCAAACCGAAUGUUUUGUUUUCGUAGAGAUGGAUUGUUUUCCCCAACUCAUUUUUAUGUUACACUUCUAUCAUUCUACUUUCUUUAUAGUUUGUUACACCACCAGGUGCUGUCUCUUUUGACCUUUGGUGUAGGAAGACUUAGCUGUAGGCAAAUGGGCCCAAGCACAAAGGGAGGAUCAGGUUACCAUCACAUCUCUAUAAGCAGCAAUCAUAUUGUAGGAAACUGCCACACUCAUUAGCGUGGACACAGCAACAGUGGGAUUUGCACAUUGUAAACACUGUAUGGUCAACGGCCUUAUCAUAAAGAAUGUAGAAAUGAUUACCUUUAUCCAUGAUGGUCAACCAAAUGUUUUGAUUUACCUAUGAAUUGUGUCAGUGUUACUGCCAUUUAUCUUUAUCGUUGGCGUUUAUGGUCAAGCAGCAAUAAUCCCCGUCCCGUAAAUGGUGCUUUAUCUGUGCAACAUUUGUCUUGCUGGAUACAGUUUUGUCCCUUGAUAAAAUGUUAACACCAGAGAGACCAGUCAUCAAAGCUAGAUCUAAUUUUGCUUUGGGCUUCUUUAUAUUUCCCCACAUCACUGUAGUCAAAAAGUCUCCUUGGUGUCCCAGAUUGAAUCUGGCUUUUGGAAUGGAAUCUAUGAUGUCUUCUUUACAUGUUUGAUCUACAAGAGUGCAGGGUUGAUGUAUUGUGUUGAAGUUCUGGCUUUAUGACUGUCAAACCUUUAGCAGGCCUCUGUUAUGGAAACAUUUCAUGUUGACUCUGUUGUCAUAUGAAAGUGUGUUUAUGAAUAGAAUACUGCAACAUAGGAGACCUGCAAUUAAUGACAGUUUUAUCAUUAUUUUUCACUAUUGAUUUUCUUAGUUGAUUGAUUAACUGCUUGGUCUAAUGUCAACAAAUAGUAAAAAUGCUAAUCACAGUUUACUACGGCUCAUGAGGACCUAUUUAAAUAAUUUGUUUUGCCCAAAAAGGGUCAAAUAAAAAUAAAUUCACUCACAGGGGAGAAAAAAUGUCAUACAUUUUCCCCGUGUUAGCAUUUUGUUGAAAAAUUCCAACCAGGCCUGUUUAAAAGUUUGUGAAUAACAAUGUUUUUCAUAUUUUCCAUAAAACAGUUACCUGGUUCUUUAACUGACAUGUGCCUUUUCUGUCAUUAAAAAAAAACACCGAAUUUAUGAAUGUGUAAUUAUUUUUCGUUUUGAAGGUUUACCUACUUGGCACAAGGUGUCUCCAUCAGUUAAAGUCUGUUCUCAGUGUGCAAACAAUCCGUUUUUGUUGGUUUGUUUGGGUUUAUUUUACAUCACACAUGUGUAAGUUGCCUAUCAGAGCAGGAAUGGCGUGUAAAUUACUUGUGAUGUCACAAAUCCUCCUUGCAAGAAAAUGCUUUAAACUCAAGUUUCCACUUCCAGCAGAUGUUUGAGACUUUAGCGUCAAACUCUGAAGGUGCAACAUUCUGCAGAGUGAAGCUCAAAUAUCAAGAACAAGUAACUUGACCAACACAUUUCUGACCGGAGAGGGGCUCGAAAGAAGGAACUGAUCUUUGCAACUUAAUUUUCUGCAGGGAUGCUAAUCAGCAGCUCCACUCGUUGUUCGAGCUCCUCAGUGUUUCAAGUUACAGACACUGUGUGUGAGGUGAGACACAGUUUACUGCAAAAUGCUCGCUGGCUUGUACUCAGUGUGGAGGGAAUGUUCUCUAAUUUCAGCUUUGGACCAAUUUCUUGCCAGUUUUCCAAAAGUAGCUUACAUAGCUUGGAGAAGUGUCCGUCUACUGAGUCAAACCUGCUGCUUCAAAAUGUCCUCUGUGAUCAAAGCUCUCUAAGCUUCUCAUGAUUGGUUUGCAAACUGUACUCAAAACUGUCACAUGUAAGAACGCUAUAAUCUUGAGUUUGCUUUUACUGGAAAUGUAGCCAGUGUUUUAUUCAAACUAGAGCAGAGGUAACUCACAGCAUUUACACACAAUUUUAUGUCCAAACAAUUUAGCCCAGAACCUGCACCAGAGCAACUGUAUUAUGAUUCAAAAUGGCGACAGGGACCUUUGUUUCUUGCUCUAAACUGACAGGCAGAAUCGUCAUAUUAUCUUUGUUUUAGUGUUUCCAGUUGAAGAUCAAAUCACAAUAAAACAUACAUUAAAAAACAUAUACCAUUUACUUUGAUACAUUGUGAACAUUAAAUCAAAUUGAUGUACAGGCUUUUAUGUUUUUUCUGAAACUUUGGUUUGGUGUAAAAACUUUUUUUUGUUUGUUUUUUGUUUUUUCCCUAAUGUUGGUGAUUGGAUUUCUGAGGGUGUAUGAGUGGGUUGAAAUAAAUUGAUCCUGGCUAUAA